AUCUGGUCCUAACUGGGAAUAUUUCACCCCUGGCUUUUAUCUAUCCUAUCCUAUCCUCUCCUCUCCUCUCCUCUCACCUCACCUCAGCUUACCGCACCUUAUCUGUGGGGUGAAAUAUCUUGUGCAUUAUAUUUGUCUAGGUUGCAGCUCUUCUUCCUGUCUCCCAAGGUCAUUUCCAGAUAAUAUUACCACAUGGAAAUAUAAGUCAUGGCACGCUGACUUGCAGUGUUCAAGUUCAAGAGUACAGGUCCAUGCCUCAGGUGGUUGUGGUUUGAGACAAAGAGAAAAACAACAACAACAACUGACCAAAGGAGCACUCCAAUGAGGAUGUAGGAUAGGCUCUCCAAGAGACAUGCCCCGUCCUACAGAGUAAUUAAAAAUAUUGUGAGAGCUUGCAUACCCUGAUUCUUGUAAUACUUCUCACAUUUGUUCUUUUUUUAUUACUUUGCUGCCUUCCAGGAAGGGAACCAACAAGAAGCCAAUGGAAUCCUUCAGAAGAUAUCCAUUAUCAAGCCCUCCAGGGCUGGUCACCAUCACCUGGCAAACUGCAGAAAUUGCUGCAGAUGCCAGAGUACAGUGUGUUUAGAGGUGCACAAACCUUCGAGAGCAACUUUUUCCAGGUGACCAAAGACGGUCAAUUCAGUAACAUCCACAAGCUUCCCAAUGUAGUCACCAUAGGUAUUUUAGCCAGCUGCCCCAAGAUGCUCCUUCCUGAUCUGAUGAUUAUUGCCCGGGAAAAACAAGAAACAACGAAUAGAAACCUGAAGUCUAGAGCAUUAGAAAUCACCCGGUUGAUCCCACUGGACCUGGUGGAGAUUUUUGUUCAUGAUGCGAACAAACGGCAGCUGAAAAUGCAGCUGCCCACGGGGGAGAAGUAUUACCUGCAACUCUUGGUCAGGGAAGAGAAGGCGGAUUUUCUCUUUGAGUGCUGGUUGCGCCUGAUUUACCUGAUGCGCCUGGCCAGUGGCAAGAUCAAGGCUCCAGAAAAUCUCCCUGGGAAGGAACCUGAGAGGUCCCCUUCUAGAGAACAGGUUCAGCAUUCAGCUCCUAAAGUGAAGAAAGUGUCUGUAGGUAAGGAGUCACCAAAGAUCCAGCCCAAGUUGCAGGAGCGGUCUCCUCCCAAAUGGACUUCCGGGGGCUUCACCUCCAGGGCAUCUGAGCAAACUUCAGCAGCAGAUCAGCCGAAGAAUGUCAGGGAGCCCGACUUUGAGAAAAAGAAGCGCCUUUCAUCAAGAAUAUCAUCUGAAUCUAAUCCCAUCCCAGUCACACUUCAAAAAAGCAAAAAAGAAAUAUGUUUGUUACAAAAGACCAAAAUGGCAUCCCCAUUACAAAAGAACCCUCAAGCCAUAAGGAACGAGGAUCCUGCUGCUGCAUCAAAGGCCAACAAUCCUGGCCGGCCAAAGUCACCCGGAACUCCAUUCCAGGGCCAGUCACCACAACAGAAUCAACCUGCAUCCAGAGUUGAACCAAAGGUAUAUCCUAUGUCAGUGGGAGCUGGUCCAUCUCAGGCUGUCCAAAGGAAAUCAGAAGUAGAAUCUGAGAAACAAAGCUUUCCAAUUAAUCCUUCUCAUCUAGCCAACAAGAGCCAGAACAGUAAAAGUAAUAAAUAUUCAGGGAACCCAAGCAUGAUUCUGGGGAACAAGACACAGGCUUCUUCAAACAUGUCCCCAGAAAAGGGACAUCUCACUUCUCAAAAUGACACUGGGCAGCAAGUUCACAGAGUCACAAUGUCGGUAGGAGUGGAAACUUCUCAUGUCAUCUGCCAGACGGUGGCCGUGGGCCCCUCUGAAACAGUUGGCGCAAAUUUGAGCAACCUUCCCAACAAAUUAUUGAAUGCGAGUAAAUCCCACAAAGAUCAAUGUAAGACCAUAGGAAAAAUGGAAAUGAACAGAAAGCAGGUGCCUGUGGCCAGAAACAAAGUGAAAACUGCGCUAAGCACAGCUAAAGAAAAAAGCACCAUUAAAUUUGUAACCCUCUAUAGCGUCCUGUCCUCUUCAUUGGGGAGGCUGAAGAACUCAAACAAGGAUGGUACUAAGCGCAUGACUCCCAAAACUUCCAAACAUGUCACAAUCUCUGGGGUGAUUGCCAAAUCAAGAAAAAGUAUUGUGCUGCAGGAGGAGAAGGCUGGCAAGACUUUAGGAGUUGGCACCUCCAGCGUUGUAGGGCUCAUCUCCAAGGAAGCCACUUAUGCAGUGGCGAAGAAAGAUUUUCCUCCAUCUUCCCAGCCCCAAAAAUCACUGAGCAAUGACGCCAUUAAGCCCCAGACUCCUUUGGCUAGAGAGAGCCUUUUGGAAACAGAUAAAGUCACAAAAUUAGGCCCUCCAAUUGUGGCCAAGGAGCCCAGCAUCACUUCCCAAACACCACACAAGAAUACAGGUGUGGAACAAUGCAGGCUUGGAGAAUCGAGAGGCUUCUAAAAAGAUUUUGCCUGCAACCAAAAUAGCUGAGAAUCCUAGGAAUGUGGCUACCAACCCUCUGCAAUCACAGAAGAAACCCCCAUCAAUGAAAUUACUGCAGCCAAAACUUGUUCCCCAAUCUCCACAAUCCAGAAAACCACCAAGGAAAACCUAAGGGACUGGUUUUUCCAAGAAUGCUGAAAUCUGUAAGCAUGGGAUGCCCAACUAUAAGCAAAGUCACUGUGAUAGCUGGUCCUGCCAUCUGAGAAAACCAGAGCAAACUCUCUGCGGUUCCUGGUGCUCCCAUCAAAACCAGGGUUUCAAAAAGUAUGGGUUACUCUGUAAAAAAAACCCAAAAUUUAAAAUUCUGGGCAUGGGGCACUCUGUGAUGGUCAUAUUUGCUGAAACAAUUAGCUCUCUUGAGCCAGUUAGCAGUACAGUUACUCCUUGAUUGAUGACUAUUCAUUUAUGAUGGCACUGAAAAAAAAUGAUGACCAGGCCUUGCACUUACAACCAUUGGAACAUCCCUAUGGUCAUGUGAUCAAAAUGUGGGUGCUUGGCUAGCAACAGCAAUAGCAAUAAGAUUUAUAUACCACUCCAUAGUGCUUUACAGCACUCUCUGAGUAGUUUACAAAUGUCAGCCUAUUGCCCCCAACAAUCUGAGACCUCAUUUUAUUGACCUCAGAAGGAUGGAAAGCUGAUUUAACCUUAAACUGAUCAGGAUUAAACUCCUGACAGUGAGCAAAGUUAACCUGUGUUACUGCAUUCUAACCACUGUGACACUACAGCUCCUAAACAUAUGUUGAUAGAGGUUGUAGCAGAGGUCCCCAACUCCCAACCGGUCUCUGGCCCUUUGGGACCUGGGCCAUACAAGUGCGAGCAUGCGAAAUUCCAUUUGCGCAAGCAGCGGGCACGCACAUGAAAUCAUUCCCUCUGCCCUCACCCCCUGCUGCCCCCACUGCUGCAGGUCUAUGAAGCCGGAAAGGUUGGGGACUGCUGGGUUGUAGUAUCCCAGAGUUAUGUGAUUAUCAUUCCAGCUUCUGACAAGCAAAAUCAGUGGGAGAAGCCAGAUUUGCUCGACAACCACAUGAUUCACUUAAAAAACACAGUGAUUCACUUAACAACUGUGGCAAAAAAGGUUGUAAAAUUGGGUGUGACUCACUUAAUGACUGCCUCACUUAGCAAUAGAGGUUCUGGUCCCAUUUGUGGUUGUUAAGAUUUAAAAGUCGAUAUCUGACAUCCAGAGUUGACUUGAACAGGAGGCUGUCAGAGAUUAUGCCCUCUUCCAAAAUCCCUGUUGUAGGGGUUGUUGAUCAUGUAGAAAUCAAGAUCAUGAUGGUGGAUGGUAGACAUUAUUUACAUUAUGUUCUGCUGGCCUGUAGGCUGAGAUUUCAGGCGAAAAGUGCCCUCAAGUCUCAGUGGCUUAAAUUUGUUGGAAGACAAAUCUGUAGAAAAUAAGAUGGUAUUUUUGAAAACCAACACAAGGACUUGGCAGUCAUCCAUCCAUUUUCAGCAAAAUUCACCUGUCAGAUGUCAAAUAGAAUAGCCUCAUCCUCUCUAAUAUGGUAAAAUAGAGGAAUACAGUAGAAUUCAUUUUACUUUCUGGGUUUCUAGUUUUUUAUUACAUGUGAACUAGAAAUUGUGUUUUAAAGCAGACUCUAGUGGAGUGUUAAACAAAUCAACCCUGAACUUUGCAUUGUUGCAUGGUUAUGUAUUUAACUAUAGUUGUUUGCAGUCAAAAAAUCAACAGUUUGCUAAAAAGAAAAUAAAUUCAGCUGCUUCAUUUCUUCUCCAGGAAGAAAUGUUCUUCCUUGUUCAGGAAGAGAAGAACAUAUGUAAACCAAGCACUGUACAGUAUAUGGUUUUCUUUAUAGCCAUCCACAUGAUGCAACAUUUUUUUUUCUGUGUUCAUCUAGGAGAAAAAAAGAAGGUGGAAUAUAUAACUUUUGCAAGCAAAUUUAUUCACUUGAGAUUCCAUUCUUUAAUAUUUUGUUUAGGGCUGAGCAAAAGCUUAUGCCCCUACCCAAGACAUCUGUUCCUAGCCACAAUGGUGCCAGAAUAACAAAAUGUUUGCUAUGGUUCCACCCUUUUGCAUUUGCUUUGCGUCAUUGCAUGGAAAAACUUAAGAGGCUGAGUUGCCUUGAAAUUUAUGUUUUGUCCCUCACUCCUUUGCUGCUUCCAUGGACACCUAUUGCUUUAUUAUUAAUACUUUUAUUCUACUUGGCAGCAGCCUUCAAAUAGAUGAAAUUUGCCCCUGAGUUAGCAAAGCUGUUCUUUCUGGCAAGGAGUCGCGAGUUGCUCAUUUUUUUGUACUUUUUCCUGCUUCGCUGCUUUUUUAAAAUGUAUGUGAGAUGCUAUAUUCCAAUUUAUGGGAUGCAAUUCUAGGCUGGAGCUGAAGUGACAGACAGUAAUCCACAAUGGAACCCUGGUUAGCCAUAAACAUUUUCUGGAAGACUUUUUAGAAUGUCCAGCUACUUUCCAAUGUAGCUGUGAUCUCUCAUUUAACUACUAACUAGACUGAUCCUAAGUUUUUUUCAAAAUCACCUGAGGCAAACUCACUGGUGUUGCCUCCUGUGACAUCCACAGUUUACAAAUUACCAAAAGUGCAAUUUCACAAAAUUCACAAACAUAUGAAUUUUUUUCUUUAAAAAAUAACUUUCAUUACAAUUUUAAAAAAUAAAUAAAAUUUAACUAAAAACCAAUAUUUUAGAAUAAAGAAAAGAAAGGGGAAAAAAGCUAAGCUAAAAAUGCAGAAAAAAGGGAAUGGAAGAAAAUAUAAAACAGAAAUUUCCAGUUUUCUUUUAUAUCAGUUAAAAGUAUAAAUUAACCUCUUACUGUAUGGUUAUAGCAUGACUUCCUGUUUUUCUAUAAUCUAUGUUUUUCUAAUCAUUAAAGCCAUAUGAAUUCAUUUUUUUCUGUUUCAUGCAAAAAGUCUAUAAGGGGUUUCCAGUAUUAAACUUAGUUAAUAUAUUUUCUCUAAUCAAAAAUGUUAAUUAGUGAUCCCAGCAAGUUUCAUCUUCUUUACCAUCCAUUUCUCCAUUGUGGGUAAUGUCAAAUCUUUCCAACUUUGUGCAUAUAAUAUAAUAAUCUCACUGCAAUUAUCAUAUAUAAAAACAAAGCUCCAUCAGUCUCAAAAAAAAACACCUAUGGUUUCGAUUUUGUGUUAAUUUUGUUAGUAUGAGAAUUAGUAUGAAUAGUUGAGUCCAAUUUUUUUUACAUAUCCAUCAAGCAUGAUAAAAUAUCCCCUCUUAUUGUUCACAUUUCCAAUAUAAAUUCAAAAAAAUCUUUAUACAUUCUACAUAUUUUUUCUAAUGACGCUUACCAAUGUUUUUGGCAUAUACAGUAAAUUCUUUUGCAAUUAUAACAAUCUAAAUUUCACUCCUUUAAUCCACAUAUUCUUUCUCUGUUUGAUUUGUAAUAAAAAAUGUUAGC